GCUCUGGGCUUGCAGGGCCGGGCUGGUGCCGCCGGGAAGCAGCCAGGAGCAGCUGCUCUAUGCCAAGAAGCUUUACGACUCAGCCUUCCACCCUGACAGCGGUGAGAAGAUGAACCUCAUUGGGAGGAUGUCCUUCCAGGUGCCAGGGGGCAUGGCCCUCACUGGCUGCAUGCUCCAGUUCUACCGGACAGUGCCUGCCGUGGUUUUCUGGCAGUGGGUGAAUCAGUCCUUCAACGCCAUUGUCAACUACACCAACCGCAAUGCUGCCUCCCCCAUCUCACUGAGGCAAAUGGGGGUGGCUUAUGUCACGGCCACCAGUACAGCCCUGGCUACCGCUGUGGGACUCAACCUCUACACCAAGCGGGCACCACCCUUGCUGGCCCGCUGGGUUCCCUUUGUGGCUGUGGCUGCUGCCAACUGUGUCAAUAUCCCCAUGAUGCGGCAACAGGAGAUCAUCAAUGGGGUCACAGUGACAGAUGGGGACAACAAUGAGCUUGGCCAGUCCAGGAGGGCGGCAGUGAAGGGCAUCGCACAGGUUGUGGUCUCCAGGAUCACCAUGGCAGCACCAGGCAUGAUUAUUUUGCCCAUCAUCAUGGAGCGACUGGAGAAAUUCCCCUUCAUGCAGCGGAUCCGGGUUCUGCAUGCACCUCUGCAGGUGCUGCUCUGCGGAGGCUUCCUCUUGUUCAUGGUGCCAGUAGCCUGUGCCCUGUUCCCACAGAGAUGCUCCCUUGCGCUGGCUGACCUUGAGCUGGAGCUGCGUGACAGCAUCGUGGCCAAGCAUGGAGACAAAGUGCCGUACGUCUAUUUUAACAAGGGACUGUGA